UGUUCCGCUCAAGAUGCAGAUGUGUCAGCCACUGCGCAGCCUUGUCUUGACCCUGAUAACUCUGUGUAAUGUCCUGGCCUCUGCGGAUGGAUGUGACUUUGCACAGUCUUGUGGAGCCCAUGCUCCUGGGGAUGUUAUCAUUGGUAUAAUGUUGCCAUGUCAUCGUAAAGUAAAGGCAGUUCAUGAACGGAUUAGACCUGAAAGCUUCCACUGCUCAGAGUUUGAUCUGCCAUCAUUUAUGAGAUCCUUAGCUACAAUCCACGAAAUUGAGGAGAUAAAUGCAGCUGGUUUCCUCCCUGGAGUGCGUCUUGGAUAUUUGAUGUGUGACACUUGCUCAGAUGCAAGCAAAUCACUGCAGAAUGUGGGGCACAUGCUUGCAAUCAAUGGCUCACUAAACGUAAAGUGUAACUACACCGACUUCAGACCCAGAGUCAAGAUUAUUUUAGGAGCACUAUACUCUGAGGAAUCAAUUGCUGUUGCCAGACUGCUAAAUGUGUACAUGGUCCCUCUACUGAGCAGCACAUCAUCUUCACCGGAACUGAGUGAUAAGCAGCGAUAUUCAGUUUUUCUGCGUACUAUUCCGAAUGAUAAUCAUCAGACCAAAGCAGUGGCCAAAAUUAUGCGUCACUAUCACUGGAACUGGGUCGGUGUUGUGUAUGGGGAUGAUGAAUAUGGCAGAGGAGCUUUCCAGAGCUUCCUCAGGGAUGCCGAGGCAAAUAAUGUGUGCUUGGCCUAUCAAGAAGUGUUGCCUCAUUACCUUGGUCAUUCACUCAGUGAGCAACGUAUCAAGGAAGUUGCUCAGCAAAUCCAUUCUUCCAGUGCCCAGGUGGUACUGCUAAUGCUCAAGGCAGAGCUGGUGGAGGUCCUCUUUAAGGAAAUUAUUAGGACCAACACAUCAAGAACCUGGAUUGCCAGUGAUGCCUGGUCCAGGAGUUGGUCCCUUGCCCAGAUGGAUGGCAUUAACAGGGUUGGAGACAUCUUGGGCUUCACCUUUGUUGCACGCAAGAGUGAAUCAUUUGAUAAUUAUCUGAAGAAUCUUACAACAACCCCGGGAGGAUACAACCAUUUCAUUGAAGAAUACAAGAACCUGAGAUUCAACUGUUCCCCUGAAUGCUUGUCAAACAAACCUCCAUCCUAUUGUACCUCACUGUUGAAAAUUAAAUCUGUCAAUGCAUGCAAUUUCAAGGAUCCCCAAGAGCAAAAUGAUGACUAUCUUGUGACAGCUCUGGACACAAAUGCAUCCUUCCUUCAUAAAGUUGCAGUGUGGGCUGUAGCAAAUGCUCUAAAAAAGUUAUUAAAGUGCAACAGCUCAUCAUGCUCAGGAGAAAUUAACUUCCCACCAUGGGAGCUUCUUAAAGAACUGAAGGAGGUUAACUUCAGCCUUGGUGACCAGAAUUUCUACUUUGACAAAAAUGGUGAUUUUGUAAAUGGGUAUGAUCUGGUCAUGUGGGAAAUGUAUGGACACCACAGAAGAUUUCACAGAAUUGGGAGAUACCAUGCUGUUAAGGAAGAAAUAGAACUUGAUGUGAAAAAUUUCACCUGGCUUUCAACAGACAAUAUCACGAUCCCUCAGUCCAGAUGCUCAGAGAGCUGCCCCCCUGGCUGGGUAAAGAGGAUCUUGAAUGUAUCCUGCUGUUAUAACUGUACCCUAUGUGCGGAGGGGACCUACUCAGAUGGCACAGAUUUUGAUGACUGCAAAAAGUGUCCCAAUGGAACUUGGUCUCUCAAGGGUUGGGAUCACUGCCAGCCAAGAUGGGAGUCCUAUCUGCGAUGGAGCGAUCCUCAUCCCAUCACCAUGAUGACAGCUGCAGCCUUUGGCAUUUUGCUUUUGCUCGUUACCUUAAUUAUCUUUUUGGUGUACAGAGAUUCCCCACCCAUGAAAAGAGCUGAGGUGAGAUUGUCCUGUGUGAUGAUGGCUGGUCUGGCAGUGAGCUUUUCAAGUGUGAUAUGCUUCAUGGGCAAGCCUAGUGUACACCUCUGCCGGGCACGCCAGGUCAUGUAUGCCAUAGGCUUCACCUUGUGUGUGUCCUGCAUCCUAGUCAAGGCCUAUCGUACUUUCCUGGUGUUCCUUCCCUUUGGUCAGAUAACAAACAGGCGACUUCACAAACUUUACAAGCCACCUGUAAUUGUCAUUGUGUUAACAACUCUCCAGGGGAUCAUCUGUCUUCUAUGGCUUCUCUUUGACUCGCCUGACAUUGAUGACACACCUCCAUCUCCACAAAGCAUGAAAAUCAUAAUGCAUUGUCGUGAAGGUUACACAUACAUAGGUUUUGGCAUUAUGUUGAGCUACAUAGGUCUACUAGCAUUGGUUGGCUUCCUCUUGGCCUUCAAAGGCAGGAAAGUUCCCCAGGAGUUCAGUGAAACAGGUUAUAUAAUUUUUAGCAUGCUGAUGUACUUGUUUGUAUGGGUGUGUUUUGUUCCAGUCUAUAUUACAAGCAAUGAAGAGGGAACUCCUGUGCAGGCUUCAGCCAUUCUAGUAUCCAGCUAUGGUAUCAUCUUCUGUCAUUUUUUACCCAAGUGCUAUGAAGCACUUUGGGGAUCAAAGACUGAUACGCUGGAGAGGAUCCUGAAGAGAUGGCGAGCAAUCACCACUCCAAAUCUUGACUCAGAGACAGGCACAGAGACAUACAUAGACAUCCCCAGAAUGAACAGACCCUCACUGGAGAGUAGCAGGUUUUCCAUAUCAAGCAUGUCAACUAUGCUGAGUAGCUCAGGUACACUAGGCAAGGCCAGCCCUACUGAUUCAGAGCUGGUCAUAACCCCUAUGCCCACUGAAAAUGAAAAAAGUCACGCCUAUCCACUCUCUAACAGACAAGAAAUGAAAAUGACAAGAAGAUGUAAGUAUAGAAGUAUAUCCUUGUAAAAUUAUUUAAUUUAUUAUACCAGUGUCCCAUUUUAAAGCCCUUUGUAACAUAUUUUGUGCUGGAAAUCCAUGUCAAAUUAAAAUGUAUUUUCUACUGAAAACCAUUGUAUUCUUCAAUAUAUAGAAGAGUAAGUAUGACUCAUUUUGUACUGUUA